AUGAGAAUUCUCAGCUGGAACUGUCAGGGGUUGGGGAAUACCCCUACAGUUCGACAUCUAAAGGAGAUGCUUGGUCAGCACUCUCCUGAGAUUCUAUUCCUCAGUGAGACCAAAAAUAAAAGGAGGUAUUUAGAAAGUUUAGCGGAAAGUUUGGGCUUCAGCAAUCUGAAAACGGUGGAGCCAAUUGGAAUAGGAGGAGGACUGGCAGUGUUCUGGAAGGAGGCUUGCCGUGUGGAAGUACUGCAAGCACACAGAAGAGUCAUCGACAUGAAGAUACACUGGCAAGACAAGAUUUUCUUCCUCUCUUGUAUCUAUGGUGAGCCAGUAAAAGGGAAGAGAAACGAUGUAUGGGAAAGGCUCACCCGCAUAGGUACCAAUAGGAAAGGGCCUUGGAUAAUGACUGGCGACUUUAAUGAAAUGAUUGAUCCCUCCGAGAAGUUAGGAGGUGCUGCAAGAGACAUUGAUGAAGGGAAAGAGUUUAGACAGAUGCUGCACGCAAACGGGCUCUGGAACAUUAAACAUUUCGGGUAUCAGUUCUCAUGGGCAGUCGACCAGAUCCGUUACAGACGCGCUUGCUUCAAGUAUGAUCAACGCUGGAUACGUCGUGAAGGCUUCUCCAGCACAGUCGUACAGUCGUGGAAAAGACAAGGACCCGGUCAGCUUGGAUUAGUUGGCAAAAUUGCUAACUGCAGAAAAGACAUCUCAACUUGGAAGAGACUAGCAAAGCCGAACUCCGCCCUUAGAAUCCAAGAACUCCAUUCCAAGAUAGAUGCAGCAAUGAGAUGCAGUUUCAUUAAUAGAGAGGAGCUCAACAACUUACGAGACUCCCUCAAUGAAGAAUAUCACAACGAGGAAAGCACCGAACCGCAUGAUGAUGAUGAUAAAGAAUGGUUUGCGGAGAAGGAUCUGGGAAGCCUUGCAGACAAACACUUCAACCUUCUAUACGCUUCAGAAAAUGUUGGGCUCGACAUGCAGAACUGGGAGGACAUACCUGCGGUCAUCAACGAGGAGCAGAACUUGCAACUGAUAGCGCCCAUCACUACUGAAGAAGUAAAAGCUGCAGUCUUCGACAUAGACCCUCACAAGUGCCCCGGUCCGGAUGGUAUGAAUGCAUUCUUCUUCCAGCAAUUCUGGGACUCCAUGAGUGAAGACAUUACUGCCAUGGUCGCAAACUUCUUCAACUCGGGGAAGUUAGAAGAUGGCGUCAACAAAACAAACAUCUGCCUCAUUCCCAAGAAGCUCGACGCGAAGAAGCUGGGGGAGUUUCGACCCAUUAGUCUGUGUAACGUUGCUUACAAAAUUGUCUCUAAGUUGUUAAGCAAACGGUUGAAAAAUGUAUUGCCAUGGAUAAUAACUGAUUCACAAGCAGCUUUUGUUGAAGACAGGCUUAUUUCAGACAAUAUACUGAUAGCCCACGAGCUAUUGCACGCCCUCAACUCAAACAACAGCUGCUCUAGAGACUUCAUAGCCAUCAAAACAGACCUUUCUAAAGCCUUCGACCGGGUCGAAUGGACUUUCCGCAACAAGGCGAUGAAGACACUCGGUUUCUCAGAUGCUUGGUGUGCGAUGAUCAUGGAAUGUGUAACCUCUGUCCAAUACCAGGUACUCAUCAAUGGAGCUCCCUACGGUGACAUCAGACCAACUAGAGGAAUAAGGCAAGGAGACCCGCUGUCCCCUUACCUAUUUGUGAUAUGCACUGAGAUGUUGGUCCAAAAAUUGCAAAGUGCAGAAAGCAGAGGAGAAAUCACUGGACUAAAAGUCGCAAGAAGCGCACCGGCAAUAUCUCACCUUCUCUACGCAGACGACAACAUGUUCUACUGCAAGCAGUCGGAUGAAGAGAUCACUCGCCUCUCUGCGAUCCUUCAAGAGUACAGUAUGGCCUCAGGUGAACGCAUAAACUACCAGAAAUCAAGCUUGUACUUUGGAAAAAACAUUCCGAGUGAUAGAAGAGAAGAGAUAAAACUGAAGCUAGGAAUGGCGCAAGAGGGUGGAGACGGCAUUUACCUAGGACUACCUGAAUUCUGUGGAGGUUCCAAGGUUUCAAUACUCAGCUAUCUCAAAGAAAGAAUGGAACAAAGGAUUGGAGGAUGGCAAAACAAGUUCUUAUCCCCAGGCGGUAAAGAAGUCCUCCUCAAGAACAACAAGGAAUCCAAAGGGAUGCACUGGCGCAGUUGGGAUUAUCUAUGUAGACCCAAGGACAAAGGAGGAAUCGGUUUCAAGGACCUAGAAGCUUUUAACAUUGCGCUUCUAGGGAAGCAACUCUGGCGUAUGAUCACCCACCCUACAUCCUUGCUAGCCAGAGUAUUCAAGAGCCAUUACUUCAGAGCCACAGACCCCCUCAAUGCCACUUUGGGAUCCAGACCCUCCUUCGCUUGGAGAAGUAUUCAUGCUGCUCAGAAUCUGAUCAAACAAGGAGCAAAAGUGAUCAUUGGAAACGGGAGAAACACCAAUAUAUGGGAUGAGCGAUGGCUGGGAAGCAAACCUGCGUUACCCAUCACAACUACAAACUGGCUAACUGCUUCUCUCCAGCACUCACUCAGCCUAGACAUGCGAGUCAGUGACCUGAUGACAAAUCCUGGAACGGAGUGGAACGAGGAGAUGAUCUUGAGGCUAUUUCCACAAGAUAACGCAACAAAGAUCAUUUCAACAAAUCCACAUGGAGCAACAGCUGCAGAUGCUUACAGUUGGGAAUUCACAAUGCCGGUCACUACACAGUCAAGUCAGGCUAUUGGGUGCAGCUAA